AAAAAAUAAAUAUAUAUGAUAAUAUUAAAAGUAAUUUGCCUUAUUUAUCCCUCCGUUAUCCCAAAAUGGGGUUUAGCCUAAACGUGAACAAUGCAGCCACCGUCUCGGCACUCCAGUUUCUUCUCCUCACUGAAGCAGGUUGAGAAAAGAUUGAAACUUGAACAUCAGACACAACCCGCAUCCACUUCCUCUUCACAACCGGCUCAAGAAACCAACUUUAAGUUCACAUCUACAGAACAAUCGCUAGGCUCCCCACUAUAUCUCUAUUUAGACGGAACCGACAACGACUCAACUCUUCAACAUAGCGGCAACAGUGAAGCCCCAGAAGCAUUUUUAUCUUCGUCUCCUGAAUUUCCACCUUCAACGCAACAGAACCCUUCUCGGAUGACGACCCAUGAUCAAGAAUCUAACGAUGUUGAUGACAUUAGAAUGUUGAUGCAGCUUCUGGGUAUAUCAGAUCCUUUGGAAGAGAGAAAUGAAAAAGAGGAAGAAAGGAGUGGUGUUGAUAAUUGUUGUGAAUGUGAAGGGGGGUUCUAUGAAAAGAUUGUUGGAGUUAAGGGACCCAAGUGUGAGAAGGAAGUGGAGAGACUGGAGGGAUGGAUUAAGUACUUUUUGGGAAGUUGCAAAGGGGAGGAGCCGUUGAGGUUGGCCUAUUUGCUUCUGGGCAAAGCUGCUUUUGCGUUUGAUGGUGAUGAUUGUGGAUUUGGCGGCUUGGAGUUUCCUUCAACCAUAGAUGAAUUCUUAAAGAAUGAUCCGCCAAAAGGGUAAAAGCAAACUUUAGUAUCAUGGCUAUAGUCCAUAGAAUUAGCUUGUACUAUGUAUGAUCGAUUAGUUCUUAUUGAAUGAUGAUUUUGUGAAAAUUAAACAAAUAGUAGUCUAUCAAUUUUUUCCCUGGUU